UGUGAGUUUCAGUGGGUAUUGGAUUUGUCCUCUGCCAGGAAAAACACAUCUUGCCAAUUAUCGAGUUGACGUAAAUUGCUAGAUCAGCUUGAAGACUACAUAUUAAUAACAAGUUAGACAUUAUUUUGUCAGUGUUAGGUACACGAGCAACAAACUAACAUGGAAUUAACGAAAUAUAUUGCAGUUCUCCUGCUCAUAACAGUUACUGAAAUUACUGCAACAAAGGAUCAAAAUGCAGAGGGGACUGACUCGACGAACAAACAAAACUUUAAUCCAUUAGCGAGUUUAGUACUAAACCAAAACAGCUCAGAGUCAACAAAAGAUUUGGUACGAGUGAAGCGCCAGUACUAUCCAGAUCCUUAUUAUUACGGAAGAGGGCCAUAUUACCCAAUACCAAUCCCAAUAUUUGUGGGCGGCGGCUUCGGAUUUGGAGGGUUUGGCAGAGGAUUUGGUGGACGGGGUAUCGGCGGACGAGGGUUCGGUGGCAGAGGGUUUGGCGGAAGGGGGUUUGGAGGGAGAGGGGGAUUUGGUGGUGGUCGAGGGGGUGGUGGACGGGGUUAA